AUGGCCCAAGCGAACAGUCUAGUCUCCCGAAGAAUGUCGAGUCGACGUCCCUCCAAACCUAAGCCCCAGAAGCCCCCGAUAUCUGUGGUCCAGCAACGGAAGCACCUAAAAGUCUUCGAAAAUGGCCUAGACGUCACCCCAAAACUCCUGACCCACCGAUUUUACCCGACGAUCGAGGAGAAUCGGCUGACGGCCUACGACACCAUCGACAUGCUGAAGACCGGUAGUGAGUCCAUGAUGUCCUUGAGCUCUGCCGUACUUCGGUCUAGUAUAUCGGGGCUUGCAUCGAAAUCAUCCCCAAUGCACACAACAGUUAUUCCCCCCCUGGACGAGACAAUGGAAAGUCUGAUAGCAACCCAGGAAAUUGCGUCACUUGCGGACGAGUCUCGCGCGCCGUCGCCAUUUUGUCUCCCAAAAUUCGAAGAAGCAUCGACUAAAUUCCUGGAUACGGUGACAAUCCUCCUAAAAGAGACAGAAACAAUGAUCAUCUUUGAGAUGCCGCAGUUGACCGCAGACCUGGACACCCCCGAGGGUCAGCAGGUGAAGGAAGAGAAUGAGAGAUACGAGAUGAUUACAGCGGAGGGCGGGCCGAAGAGGAAGCUGGCGGAUGCCGAGACCCAGACGCGGAGGAUUCACCUUAAAUCCAGAUCGACACAUCUCGGGAGGAAGAGGAGAAUGAACCAGGGGACUUUUGUCAAUAACUGGGUCAUUCAUGACACCUAUGUUGAGUUGGAGGGAGCUGUGAGAGUGGAAGAGACGCCGGACAGGAAUAAGCUUCCGAAGCUCUCGCUGACCCCUACGACCCCCAGCCCCGAGGACCAACUAGCCGAAAUCAGCAAGAAAUCUUCCUUCAAAGACGCGCUUCAAAUAAUGGAGAGGAUAAUCGCAAGCAAUCUCUUCAUAAUUCCUCAGAAGCGGUUCAAGGGUCUCUUAAAGAGUGACCCUUGCAGCCCAGACCUGAAGUUCACGUACUGCCUGGACCUCCUCUGGGUGCACUCUUGUUCGGAAACGACCAAUCGUUCAGUGACUGCCUUCAGAUGGAACUACACCAACUCCAACAUUCUGGCGGUUGGCUACGGCUCAAGGAAGUCUACCUGCGAUGGGGUCCUGCUUAUCUGGUGCAUGAAGAACCCGAGUCAACCGGAUAGAAUUUACCGGUUCGAAUCAGCGAUCUCCGAUCUCGAUUGGAGUCGAUCGAAGCCGAAUCAGUUGGCUGUGGGCUUCUACGACGGGCGCCUCCGGGUCAUUGAUGUGAGCAGUAGAACUUUGGCUGUUUUGAGGGACAGCAAGACCGACAAACUCCGCCUAUUCUCCCCGCAAUGGCAAGUCCAGUGGUGGCAGGGGGACGAGCACAUGGACUACGAGGAGCAGAUCUACACGUCCACCCAGGACGGCCGAAUCCUGUGCUACCCGACUCACGAGGACUUCACCUCGACCCAGAUGAUGCGCAUCCCCAGGAUCGAAGCCCAGAUCUCCGGGGUUCCCCGCAAGGACUUCUGCGAGAAGGUCGACAUAUCGAUCCGCCGCAACCCCGGCGCUGUACUCCUACGAAGACAUCCUGAGAGACUUGACAGCUACUUCGUGGGCUCCGACGAGGGCUGUCUCCACAACUGUUCAACGAAUUACCUCGACCACCACGUGGACAGCUUCUUGGCACAUGACGGGCCGAUCUACGCCUUCGAGUUCUCCCCCUUCAGCUCCAAAUUAUUCCUGACGUGUGGGGCUGACUGGACCUCCAGAAUCUGGGCCGAGGGCAUCACAGAACCCCUUAUCACCCUCUCCACGAGAAUGUCCUGCGUGAGGGCUGCCGCCUGGAGCCCCAAGAAUUCGACGAUCCUGGCGACCUGUGCUGAUAACGAGAUCUCGAUUUGGGAUAUCAAGAGGAGAACUUAUAAGCCUUGUUCCUGGACCCUGGCACCUGGUGGGAGACUCUGCGCUCUGGAAUUCACCAGGAGUGGGGAUCAGCUGGUAGCUGCUGAUAUAUCGGGAGGUGUCUUUGUGUAUCAGCUCGAGGGGAUGCCUUUCCCGCCGUUCAACCAGGUGGAGCUGCUGGUUAAUUCCAUUCGGAAGGAGCUGAUUACUAAAGCGGAGUUGGGGAAAAAGUUUUUGAAAGUUUUUGAAUAA